UGGUUUCUUGUACGCAUGGAGCUGACGUGGCUGUUUGAUCUGUCAUUAAAACGGUUUUUAGACGAGAGGAAAUUUUAGAGACACAAACAAUGGCGUCAAAUUCUUGUUACAGUUUCAGAUCUCCAACUAUAUAUGCCAGAUCUUUUAUUUAUUCGCCAUCAUCACUACAUUCACUUGUUGCUUGUGCUCUUAACAUUUCAAAAUCAAGAUCAAAACAUUUUACCAAAAGACUUUCUUCUUCUGAUAUCCCCGGAAGCCUACAUUUUGAGAUUCUUUCUUUUAAGAAAACUGAGUUAACACCGAAGAAGAAACUUUACAAAAAAGAAGUUAAAGAGAUGACGAUUAAACCGGCUAUUAGGAUUUCCGACAGGAACCUAAUUGUAAAGGAUCGUACGAUCCUUACGCAAGUACCGGACAAUGUAAUCGCCACAUCCGGUUCAUCAACCGGUCUGGUCGAGGGAGUGUUUCUGGGCGCGGCCUUCGAUGAAGAAAACAGCAGGCAUGUGGUCUCUUUAGGAGCUCUACAAGACGUCCGCUUUAUGGCGUGCUUUAGAUUCAAGUUAUGGUGGAUGGCUCAGAAAAUGGGUGACCAAGGCAAAGAUAUUCCACUCGAGACUCAAUUUUUAUUGGUCGAAACGAAGGACGGGUCCCACCUCGAAUCUGACAACGGAAACGAAGACAAUCAGAUCGUCUACACGGUCUUCCUCCCUCUGAUCGAAGGCUCCUUCCGCGCGUGUUUACAAGGAAACGAAAACGACGAACUGGAAUUGUGUUUAGAAAGCGGCGACGCUGACACCAAAGCGUCGUCAUUUACUCACUCUCUGUUUCUCCAUGCUGGCACCGAUCCUUUCGUCACAAUCACCGAAGCAUUCCGGGCCGUUAAAUUUCAUCUCAAAACCUUCCGUCUCCGGCACGAAAAGAAAUUGCCUGGUAUCGUCGAUUAUUUCGGUUGGUGCACGUGGGACGCAUUUUACCAAGAGGUUACUCAAGAAGGUGUAGAGGCUGGGCUGGAGGGUCUUGCAGCCAGUGGGACACCCCCGAAGUUCGUGAUCAUCGACGACGGCUGGCAAUCGGUCAGUGGAGAUUAUAAUAUUGGUUCAAGUACCGAUGAAAAAGACAAGAAACAACAGCCGUUGCUUAGGUUGACUGGUAUAAAAGAAAACGAAAAAUUUCGAAACAAGGAAGAUCCAACGGUUGGGAUUAAGAAUAUCGUGAGCAUUGCGAAACAAAAACACGGGUUAAAAUACGUGUACGUGUGGCAUGCGAUCACGGGGUACUGGGGUGGGGUCCGUCCAGGGGUCAAGGGAAUGGAGGAAUACGAGUCGUUGAUGAGGUACCCAAGGGUGUCGCAAGGAGUGGUCGAGAAUGAGCCCACAUGGAAAAGCGAUGCAAUGGCGAUACAGGGAUUGGGUUUGGUGAAUCCGAAGAAUGUGUACAAGUUUUACAACGAGCUGCAUGGUUAUCUAGCGUCUGCUGGUGUAGACGGAGUUAAGGUGGACGUGCAGUGUAUAUUGGAGACGCUUGGGGCAGGAUUAGGUGGACGGGUUGAGUUAACGAGACAGUAUCAUCAAGCUCUGGAUGCGUCUGUAGCGAGGAACUUCCCUGAUAAUGGGUGCAUCGCAUGCAUGAGCCACAAUACUGAUGCGCUUUACUGUUCGAAACAGACGGCAUUGGUGAGAGCAUCAGAUGAUUUCUACCCGCGGGAGCCAACAUCACAGACAAUCCAUAUAGCAGCAGUGGCAUAUAAUAGCGUAUUUCUGGGAGAAAUUAUGCAACCGGAUUGGGACAUGUUCCAUUCACUACAUCCUGCGGCCGAAUUCCAUGGAUCAGCUCGUGCGAUAAGCGGUGGCCCCAUUUAUGUCAGUGAUGCACCUGGAAAGCACAACUUUGAGCUACUAAAGAAACUUGUCCUGCCUGAUGGGUCCAUCCUUCGAGCCCGCUUGCCUGGCCGCCCCACUCGUGACUGCUUGUUCUCUGACCCUGCCCGUGACGGUGUCAGCUUGUUAAAGAUAUGGAACAUGAACAAGUACACAGGAGUGUUGGGGGUGUACAAUUGCCAAGGUGCUGCAUGGAACACAGCUGCAAGAAAGAACACAUUCCACCAAACCAAAAACAACGCCUUAACUGGACAAAUAAGGGGCCGUGAUGUCCACCUCAUAGCGGAAGCUGCCGUGGACACUGACUGGACUGGUGACUGUGCCGUCUAUUCUCACGGAACUGGGGAACUCAUCACACUCCCUUACAAUGCAGCAUUGCCAGUGUCCCUAAAAGUCCUUGAGCAUGAAAUCUUCACAGUCACACCCAUCAAAGUCUUGGCACCCGGAUUCAGCUUUGCACCCUUGGGCUUGAUCAACAUGUUCAAUGCUGGCGGUGCUAUUGAUGGGCUGUUCUAUGAACUAAAAGGCAGAGUUAAGCUAUUGGAGGUUGAAAAUGGAGGUGAAGUUGAUGGUACAAGAGUGGAGAAUUAUAGCAAUGAGUUGGUGGCAAAUGUUUAUAUGGAAGUUAAAGGGUGUGGGAAGUUUGGUGCUUAUUCCUCAGCAAAGCCUAUAAGGUGCAUUGUGGAUUCAAAUGAGGUUCAAUUUCAUUAUGAUUCAACAUAUGGGUUGUUGACGGUUAACUUAGAUAUAUUGCCGGUGGACGACAAGAAAGUCCAUUUUGUGGAUGUUACCUUAUAAAUAUGUUUUAGCAUAUUAAAAAGGGAGUAAGGUUCUGUAUAGAGAUAUUAGAAUGUGGGGUUUUCAAUGGAGCAUAUUUGCCAUUCUUUCCUACGAAAUUAUGUAAUGAGUGAGAGAGGAAGAAAAUGAAAAUGAAGUUUCUCUGUUCUUGUCAA